AUGGAUCGAAUAGAGAGAUUCCUGUCGCGGCCAACCGCGAAGCCAUACCGCUCAGACGCUCUUGAGAAAUCCGGAGAGCCACACAAAAAUAAUGAUGGACUCCUCGAUUUCAGUCCCAACGAUAUUGAGAAUCCGAAGAACUGGUCGGCACGACGCCGGUGGUAUAUUACAGUAGUCUCGGUGCUCCUGGUCGUGAACGCAACAUUCGCCUCAUCUGCUACUUCAGGAACACUGGUCGGGAUAGCAAAGCACUUCCAGGUCUCCGAGGUAGCAGCUGGCCUGGUCAUAACUCUUUUCCUUCUUGGCUACUGUUUCGGUCCUCUCUUUUGGGCCCCACUUUCCGAGUUCUACGGAAGGAGAUGGAUCUUCUACAUCUCGUUCACUCUAUACCUGGUGUUCAACUUCCUUUGUGCAUUUGCGAAUAAUUUCGGAGCUCUACUCGUCGGUCGUUUUCUCACUGGGACAAUGGCCAGUGCACCACUGUCGAAUGCUCCAGGCGUAUUGGCAGAUAUCUGGGGACCAGUCGAGCGAGGAAAUGCCAUGGCACUCUUCUCGAUGAUGACAUUCAUUGGGCCUGCUAUAGGUCCUGUUAUUGGUGGAUUUCUUGAGUUGAAAGAGGACUGGCGUUGGAUCUUCUAUGUAAUGCUUUGGUUUGCUGGCGUUACCGAAGUCCUCAUGUUUACAAUUCCCGAGACCCUACCCCCGAUUGUAUUACUCAACAAAGCCAGAAGGCUCCGAAAGCUGAAGGUUCCUGGAUACGAGAACAUCCAAGCACCAAUUGAGGUCACUGAUCGAUCGUUGAUAGGCAUUUACAAGGUUGCCCUGACACGACCUUGGAAGAUCCUGAUCGACCCAAUUUCCUUUGCGAUUGCAAUAUACAUAUCGGUUGUGUAUGCGCUGCUUUACAUGCUUUUCACAAUUUAUCCUAUCGUCUUCCAGCAGAAGCGAGGUUGGAACUCUGGCGUUGGUGAGCUGCCUUUGAUAGGAACUGCUAUUGGGGCAGUAAUCGGCGGUUCCAUUAUAUUCGCGGUUUCUGCUCACGAUCGGAAGAGGUUGGAGGCUGGACAUAAGGGUGUUCCUGAGGACCGUCUCCCAGUCGCAAUGGUGGGAGGGAUACUGUUUCCGAUCACCAUGUUUUGGUUCGCUUGGUCUGGACAAUACAAUUCUGUCCACUGGAUUGUACCAACCCUUGCUGGCGUGUUCUUGGGGACCUCGAUUCUACUUAUUUUCGUCGCCUAUCUUAAUUAUCUCACAGACACGUACCUGAUGUAUGCCGCCAGCGCACUAGCUGCUAAUACGGUUUGUCGUUCCGCCGCCGGUGCAGCAGCACCUUUGUUCACUCAACAGAUGUUCAAUGCUCUGGGAGUGGGAGGUGGUGGCUCAUUGAUUGGAGGUGUUGCAGUCCUCCUCAUGCCGAUUCCAUUCAUCUUCUACAAAUAUGGAGGAUCGAUUCGAGAACGAUCGACAUUCGCGCCAACUCCAGCUCCAAACGAAGGUCAUUCCCAUGAUGAAGAAUCUCAACAUCACUCUGCAGCUGCAUCCAGUACCGAUGUGAGCGACACAAGUGACGAUACAGAGGUCGAGAGUUCGAUGAGGAAUGCUGCAUAUACCAGUGAAGAGAAACCAGAGGAUCGUCACGAGGCUGCGAGCGGGUAUGUGGAUGGAGCGGAUAGGCCGAGGAGCGAAGAUCGCAAUAAGGACCUCGAGAAAGGAGAAUUUUGA